AAAGUUGCACGCGGGAAAGACUUAUGAAACUUGUGGAAGACUUAACGACGUCCGGAGCAGUGUCCUUAGACAAAGAACAGUUGAAAGAGCUGAAGAAGCUCUGCAGAGACUCCGAUAAGAACGUUCAAUACGUCUUCUCUCUCCUGAUGAGUCAACUGUGUCUCGAACGCGCACAAGUCAGACUCUCAUGCGUCAACAUCAUACGGGAACUUUUCACCAGAUCUCACUCAUUCAGACAGGCUUUGUGUGGCGACUUCCAGCGCUUUCUGCAGCUCACGGUGACGCCUGACGUCGACGCGCCGCUCCCGCCGCCUCACGACGUGGCGCGUACGUUGAGAAGAGAGACGCUGCGGGCAGUGGAUGAAUGGCAGAGAAGAUUUGGAGAGAAUUACCGGCAGUUGGAGGUGGCAUAUCGAUAUCUCAAACAUGUCAAGAAGGUUGAUUUCGACAGUCUUACUGCAGAGACGGAUGCAGAGAGUAGGAGACAGCAGGCAGAGAGGGAACGAAUGCAGAGGCAGUUGGUACAAAGGUUGGAAGCGAUCACAUCGGAAAUGGCAGACAUGAAACAUGAGAUGGAACGUUGUGUUCAAGAGAUGGACGGUGGCUUUGAGCUGCUUAUCCCCAAACCGAAUUCCAUUUUCUCACAGACAGCCAACUCACCAAUUCAUACAAGUGACAACAUCAUCACUACCACUCAUGACUUCAUAGAUACUUGCAAGCAUCAACCAGCAGAUGGAACAAACAGUAAACAAUCAGUGACGUCACUGGAAUCGGUUGAAGACGACUCAUUCAGCUGUUGUGAUGAAACUGGAGACAUUGGCAGUCAGGAGAGUACAGAGUCGAUUAGAGAUCAAGUAUUGGUUGAUGAUGAUUGUGACGUCGACUUCUUUCAACGUCAUGGGAUGACGUCACACAAUGCGUGUGUUGUUGUGUUGAUGCCGACAUCGUGUGGUGAAGGUGGACGAGUGACGGUGACGGAGAGCGACGAUACGUCGGACGUUAUUACGUCGUUGAGAGAUAAUUACAGGCUUGUUGUGAACAAGUUUUUGCCGAUGGUUCGGAAAUGGUUGAAGGUGGUUGGAAAGUGUGACGAUCAGGUGGUGUUGAGGAGGACGAUUGAUAUCAAGGAGUCUCUUACAACAGUGAGGGAAAAGUUUGAAAGUAUCGAGUUUUGUUCGGCUGCCGACAAGCAGGAGCCGGUGAAACUGCACGCAGUUGAAAGCGAAGAAGACAGCGACGUCGAUCUGCUUGAGGAGGUGCCUUCGAAAAUCGGUGUGGAAGAGACAGUAGUUUACGACAUCGAGUUGGAUAGAGUGCUACGUGAAUCACUUCAAUCAAGCCAAUCUCUUCAAUGCUUAACAAGCAACCAAACCAGUCGAAUCAUAAAUGAACAACAAGAUCCAACGAGUGCUUUGUCUCAACAUUCAACAAUAAAUCAGAGAGAACUUCAUCGAAACAUGCCCUCCUCACCUACUGUGGUUCACGAGGGAGCGAACGAGGCCGGGCCAUCUGGCAUUGCAAGACAUGAAGACGGUGAUUGUUUGAAUAGCAGAAAGGCUAAGUUGUUGUCUCAAGCUCCUGUAGUUCGGUACGACGUCGACAUUCAGUAUAGUUGGAAUCAAGACAAAUCGUAUGCCCCACAAUUGCACAGGAAUACCGCUGGGCUAGGAAGAGGCGUGUUCACCAGUUGUGAAGCCGAGGAGGGCUUCAUAAGCGAGGGUUGCUUGAGCGAGUUGAAGACUCGGGUCAUUGAUUUCAGUGGAAAAUUCGAGCCCGUCCAACAGACAUGCCGCGCUCGUCUCGCAUCAGGAAAACUAUGUCCACGACAAGACAGAUACACAUGUCCUUUUCAUGGCAAGAUUGUCCUGCGUGAUGAGGAUGGCAAACCAAUUGGCGAGUCGGAUGAGAUGCCUGAACACACAGACAGACGUGAGACGAAUGACAUCACCUGGCAGGAACUGGAGCUCGAAGUGAUGGCAGCUAGAGGUGCGGACGUGGCGAAACGACGGAAAACGGAACGCGGCAGUGGAAAACGCAGGAAGAGUGGGCGGGAAACCAACACGGAGCGGCCGGUCGUGACUUGUUCUCGUCAGGACACGAGCAGGUAUCGACUCGCCAAGCGUAUAUUUAACAGACGCUCGCAGGCGCGCGUGGCCGACGCGCUCGACGACGCGGACCGACGCCGCAACGACAGGAAAUUCGAACACCAGUGGAACUAUCGCGAACAUGUCGGCUAGCUAGAAGGCGAACGUUCGAGAA